UCUUGAAAAGAUAUCAUUAAAAGACCAUAAUUAAGUGAAAUAAGUUGUGUGGGUUUCUUUCUAUUUUUAGAAAAAAAUCAUACUUUUCAAUAUAACAUAUAUGGUUUUUUCUUUCUCUGUCCUUAAGAAAGUUAGUUAAUUUGAAGUGGGUGUUGAAGUUUUCUUGAAAAAAAAGCAUUUUGGGAUUUGGGUUUAUUGAAAAAGUUGUUAAUUUGAAAUGGGUUUCAUGAAUCUUGAAAUAAAAACCAUCAAAAUCCCGUAAGUUUUGAGAUUCUAACUUUGGAGGAAUUAAUAUAAGUCAAUAACUAAGUGAUUUAGGUUUUGGGUUUCUUUCUAUUUUUGGAAAGAUGACAGGAGGUGGAUGUAGUAUAGUAUGGUUUAGGAGAGAUCUAAGGAUAGAAGAUAAUCCAGCUUUAGCAGCAGGUGUAAGAUCAGGCAAAGUGAUAGCACUUUUUAUAUGGGCACCAGAAGAAGAAGGUCAUUAUUAUCCAGGAAGAGUAUCAAGAUGGUGGCUUAAACAAAGUUUAUCUUUGCUUGAUUCAUCAUUGAAGAAUCUUGGAACUAGUUUAAUCACAAAAAGAUCAUCUGAUAGUGUUUUAUCUCUACUUGAUGUCAUCAAAUCUACUGGUGCUACUCAGCUAUUUUUUAAUCAUUUAUAUGAUCCUUUAUCUCUCGUCAGGGAUCACCGAGCUAAGGAAAUUCUAACUGAAAAUGGGAUAGCAGUACGUUCGUUUAAUGCAGACUUGUUAUAUGAACCAUGGGAAGUGCUUAAUGAUGAAGGCCGACCAUUCAUUACAUUUACAUCGUUUUGGGAUAGGUGUCUUAGCAUGCCAUAUGACCCUGAGCCUCCACAACUUCCACCAAAAAGAAUAAUCUCAGGUGACUUAUCUAAAUGCCCUUCGGACACAUUGGUUUUCGAAAAUGAUUUAGAAAGAGGAAGCAAUGCACUUCUAGCUCGAGCAUGGUCACCGGGCUGGAGCAAUGCUAACAAGGCACUAGCCACUUUUAUCAACGGGCCAUUACUAGACUACUCUAUGAACCGUAGAAAAGCGGAUAGUGCUACUACAUCUUUUCUUUCUCCACACCUACAUUUCGGUGAGGUUAGUGUCAGAAAAGUCUUUCACCAAGCCCGAAGCAAACAAAUGUUAUGGGCCAACGAAGGGAACAAAGCAGGUGAAGAAAGUGUUAACCUAUUUCUUAAAUCAAUAGGGCUUCGUGAAUACUCCAGAUACAUGAGUUUUAACCAUCCAUAUAGUCACGAAAGGCCCCUAUUGGGACACUUGAAGUUUUUCCCAUGGGUAAUCGAUGAAAACUAUUUUAAGGCAUGGAGACAAGGUAGAACUGGUUACCCACUGGUUGAUGCGGGUAUGAGAGAGUUGUGGGCCACUGGUUGGCUCCAUGAUCGAAUCCGAGUUGUGGUAUCAAGUUUUUUCGUGAAGGUUUUACAGUUACCGUGGAGAUGGGGUAUGAAGUAUUUUUGGGAUACAUUGCUGGAUGCAGAUCUCGAGAGCGAUGCUCUUGGUUGGCAGUAUAUAUCAGGUACUUUGCCUGAUAGCCGUGAGUUUGAUCGCAUUGAUAAUCCUCAGACUGAGGGCUAUAGUUUUGACCCGAAUGGAGAGUACGUAAGAAGAUGGCUUCCUGAACUUGCUAGACUACCAACUGAAUGGAUACACCACCCAUGGGAUGCACCAGAAUAUGUGCUUCAAGCUGCUGGGAUAGAGCUCGGUUCUAAUUACCCUCUCCCAAUUGUAACAAUCGAUGCAGCAAGAGCUCGGUUAUUAGAAGCCCUGACACAAAUGUGGCAACAUGAAGCCACUUCUCGAGCAGUUCUUGAAAACGGGAUGGAAGAAGGUCUCGGCGACUCAUCUGAAGAUACACUCAUUGCUUUUCCCCAAGAUAUGCAAAUGGAGAUGGAUCAUGAUCCUGUUAGAAAUCGUACCACCACCACGAUCCGCCAUUAUGAAGAUCAAAUGGUCCCUAGCAUGACCACGUCGUUGUUACGGGGAGUUGAAGAAGAAGAAGAAUCGUCCUCUGAUCAUAGAAAUCUCGCAGUUGAUAGCAGAGCAGAAGUUCCUAAUGACGUUAUGAAUCAGGAACCAACAAGGGAACCACAUCAGCGAGAUUUAGGUCAAGGUUUUGAUGCUCAGUCGGUCUUGCCACAGUUUAAUAUUCAGAUAGCACUGAGGAACACUGCAGAUUCUCCAGCAGAAUCUUCUAGCGGUGCAACUUCUAGGAGGGAACGAGAUGGUGGUGUGGUGCCGGUGUGGUCACCUUCAACAUCUAGUUAUUCAGAGACAUUUGUAGGUGAAGAUAGUUCGUAUUUGCAAAGGCAUCCGCAGAUCAACUGGAGACAACUUUCUCAAACCGGAUCAAAGUGGCACAAGAUCUGAUGUCAAGGUUCUUGAAACAGGUAAUCUGCAGGGAUAACAGAUAUCAGGCGUCCAAAUUUUCAUCAACGGUUCUCAUUUCCCGAGACUCGAUCCAUGGGCAAUCUAAGGUCACAGAUUUGGAACUUGGGAGAUAAAUUUUCCUACAAUCCAAUAUUAGUCCCUAUGCUGUUCAUAUUAUUCCUAUGCUGUAUAGUAAAGAAACAGUGUUUAGACAUAAGAAUUCUGGAGACUACUAAAAGCCCCAGAUUUUUUCGACUUUUACUAUUCAUGUCAUUGUUGUACUAUAGUGUACAAUCUAUCAAUGCAUUGUGUGCAGUGAUUGAUCAUCA